ACGGUGAUGGAGACUCCUCUUGAGAAGGCCCUGACCACUAUGGUCACCACUUUCCACAAGUAUUCGGGGAGAGAGGGCAGUAAGCUGACCCUGAGUAAGAAGGAGCUUAAGGAGCUGAUCAUGAAGGAGCUGUGUCUUGGGGAGAAAAUGAAGGAGAGCAGCAUUGAUGACCUGAUGAAGAGCCUGGACAGAAACAGUGACCAGGAGAUCGACUUCAAGGAGUACUCGGUGUUCCUGACUACACUGUGCAUGGCCUACAACGACUUCUUCCUGGGGGAUAACAAAUGACUAGGGGUCCCCACUGCCCUCAUCACCAGCCCCUUGCCCCUGUCCUGUGCAGGGCCUCUGUCCCUCUCUUCCUCCAAGAUGGACCCUUUCA